AUGAGCAGCAACGCGACAAACUCAGCAGCAGGGCAAUCUCCAAAGUUGGAGAUUGCAAUCGCUGGCGGAGGCAUUGCGGGGCUGAUCACGGCCAUUGCCUUGAUCAAACACCCAGGCGUUAACAUCCAUGUGUAUGAGCGUGCCGAAGAGCUUCGAGAGAUCGGGGCCAGCAUCGCCCUCGGGCCUAAUGGGCUCAGUUCAUUGGAUAAGCUAGGGGUCAAGAACGCGUUUGACGACAAUAUUUUGUACCGUCAACGAUCUGGAUGGCCCAUGGUCUAUCGCCAUUGGAAAACGUCGGAGAUUAUUGGAUAUGAUGAACAUCGGAACGUCAAAGACAAGAGGUUCAUUACCACUAGGUACCACCGCGCACAUCUCCACAAAGCACUCUACGAGAAUCUUCCGAGUGAGAUAGUGCACUUUGGUAAGAAGUUGGUGAAUGUAAGCGCGGACCGAGACCAGGGGGUUACUUUAUCGUUCGAGGAUGGAACUACUGCCAAGGCAGACAUUUGUAUUGGGGCCGAUGGCAUUCACUCUACUGUCAGGAAAACAUUAGUCCCUGACCAUAAGAUUCACUGGACAGGGUGGGUUGCGCUGCGUGCGGUCUAUGAACAGUCUCGUCUGGAUGGUGUUGACUACCCUGAAGGCGCUGCUCACUGGGUGAGUUUACCUGCCGUUACUUGGACACAACCAAUAUAUUGCCAUGCUAACAGCAUUAUUUUGGUGAAGAUUGGACAUAAUAGACAUCUAUUUGUGUCGCCCCUAGGAAAGGGGCUGUAUACGGUUGUAGGAGGCUACCACGCCAACCUGGAAGACCCCAAGAGCCGAGGCCAUGGGGUUGGAUGGGAUGACCAAGGUGAUGUCGAACACUUCAAGUCUUUUUACAAGGACUGGCACCCAGCCAUCCGCUCCAUCACAGAGGCCGCGCCGUACAUUCGCCAAUUUCCGGGCUACGCGGCUGACCCCCUGGAGACUUGGUCAUUUCACGACCGAAUCGUCCUAGUCGGAGACGCCGCGCACGGGCACGGGGGUGCAUUUGCGGCGGGAGGGUCCCUCGCCAUCAAUGAUGCACAUGCAUUGUCCCUGGCUCUGUUCCAUGUCUGGCCGCCGUCAGCGUCUUCCAGGAAGCCAUCGGCAGCCGAGCUACACAGAGUCUUUGAAAUCUACCAAGCCACAAGAAAACCGCAGGUGGACAGGCUGCUCGAGUCGGUACACCAAUCUGUUGCUGGUCGAAGGGUCAAGACGGACAGCGGGAGUGAAGAAACCGACGAGCAGCUGCGCAAGAGGGUAAGCGAACGGAUGGAUCCGUACUGGGUUGCCGAGCAUGAUGUCGAGGCUGCGUUCGAGGCUGUGGUAGCCAAGGCGCCCAGCUCUGGGCACCAAGUGCUGGAAAACAAGCGGCCACAGUCACUUUUGUAG